AUGUUUGGCAGUUUUGUUCUCGCGGGGGUACUCGUCCAGAUUGCAUGGGCAGGAAAAGCAACAGAGCGCGCGCAAGAAGCUCAAUGCGCAGAUAACACUAAUUGCGCAGCAGAAGCAUGCAACGUUCUGAUCGGUGGUAAAUUGUAUUGCUCUCGAUGUAACACAGGAUUUGUUCCUAUCAAUGGACAAUGUGCAGACAAAGAAGGUGCAACAGAUAAGUGCAAAGAUGGCUCCGGAGGCGAUACAGCUGAUCAGACCUGUGGACAGUGCGCCGAGCAGACUUUCAUGUACAAGGGCGGCUGUUACGAAGCAGCCCAGCAGCCCGGACAGACCAUGUGUCAGGCGGCAGAUGCUGGAGUAUGCACACAAGCCGCGCAAGGAUACUUCGUGCCGCCGGGCGCAGACGCCUCUCACCAAUCGGUUAUACCAUGUGGAGACGAAGAGGAAAUAACGGUUAAAAACGAUAAAAAGUACAAGGGCGUGCUGCACUGCACUCGGUGUAACGCUCCCACAGAAGCAGCAGAUGCUAACGCCAAGGCCGCCACAUGCACUGCGUGCCAGGCAGAUAGGUAUCUGAAGACAGCCAAGGACCAAGCCACCUCCUGCGUGACAGAGCAAGAGUGCACCGGCACCGAAGGGUUCUUCGCGAAAAAUGGCGGCACCAAAACCUGUGAGGCGUGCGCUGAAACAUGCAAGACCUGUAAGACCGAGGCUGCGAAGUGCACCUCUUGCAAGGACGACAAGCCGUACCUGAAGAAGGAUAAUGGCAGCGACACUGGCACGUGCGUCACCGAAGCUGAGUGCAAGACUGGAAACACCCACUACCCCGACGACACUGAGCCGAAGACGUGCAAGACGUGCGCCGAGGGGACCUCCGACGGGUGUGCGACGUGCGAGAAGGGCGCCGAUGGAGCAGUCGCCUGCAAGACGUGCGGAAACCAGAAGAAGGUCCAGCCAAACAAGAAGGGGUGCGUUGAGAACUGCCCCUCGAACUCCAACGAUAAGAAGACCCCUGGCACCUGUGAGUGCGUUGAGGGCUACGUUCCCGAGGAGGCCGGCACCGGGUGCACGAAGAAGCCCGACCCCCCUGCGGCGCCGUGCAACACCCCCGGCUGCAAGACGUGCAGUGAGCCGAAGACAAGCAAGGAGGUGUGCACAGAGUGCGAAGACCCCAAGGCCCUCACGCCCACGGGCCAGUGCAUCUACGGUUGUGAGCACCUGGAAGGCUACUACGAGGGCACCAGCGAGGGGGGCAAGAAGGCCUGCAAGAAGUGCGAGGUCGAGAACUGCCUCCUGUGCAACGAAAACGGACAGUGCGAGACCUGCAAGGACGGAUACUACAAGAAAGAAACCGCCUGUGCCAAGUGCGAUACCUCGUGCAAGACGUGCGCGAACGGGGAGCCCAACGGGUGCACGAGCUGCGAGGCUAAGAAGGCCCUCAGCUACGAAGGAGAGGGCAACACGGGGACGUGCAAAUCAGAAUGCAAACCGGGUACUAACAACUGCGAGAAGUGCGAGCUGACAGUCGAUGGCACGGCCUACUGCUCCAAGUGCAAGGACGCCAACCAGUUCCCGCAGAACGGAGUCUGCUCGGCGGCGGCCGGAAAGGCUAUUACGUGCACUACCAAAGGGACUGGUGUCUGUGACAAAUGCGCCAACGGGCUUCUUCGGAUGAACGGAGGCUGCUAUGAGACGACCAAGUUCCCUGGAAAGAGCGUCUGUGAGGAAGCAGCAUCGGCUGGGGAUACCUGCCAAGUAGAGGCUCCAGGCUAUCAUCUUAAUAACAAUGACCUUGUGACUUGCUCGGCCGGAUGUAAGACGUGCACUAGUAACACCGUGUGUACUGAAUGCAUGGAUGGGUAUGCAAAGACUGAUAAUAAGUGCACAAAGUGUGCCACUGGCUGUGCUACUUGUGCAGGAUCCGCCUCAAAUUGCGACACUUGCAGCACUGGGUACUACAAGUAUAAGAACGCCUGUGUGUCUUGCACGGAAAGCAACAGUGAUAAGACUAUCACCGGCGUCGCCAACUGCGCCAACUGCGCUCCUCCACUCAACAAUAAAGGGUCUGUCCUCUGCUACCUCGUGCAGAGUGGCGAGAACACUAACAAAAGUGGUCUCAGCGCAGGCGCCAUCGCGGGCAUCGCUGUUGCUGUCAUCAUUGUUGUCGGCGGCCUCGUCGGUUUCCUUUGCUGGUGGUUUAUGUGCAGAGGCAAGGCGUAG